UCAAAUCAUAUGAGUUUGACGAAUUGAAGUUUGACAGAACCUAACAAAAUCAAGAAUCAUUGUCACUGUUUUAUUCAGUACGCGUAAUAUACAAAAUAUAGUUAUUAAACAUGUCGCGAGGAAGUAGCGCAGGCUUUGACAGACACAUUACCAUUUUCUCACCAGAAGGGCGUCUCUACCAGGUAGAAUACGCCUUCAAGGCAAUCAAUCAGGCCGGUCUAACCUCCGUAGCUGUAAAAGGGAUCGACACAGCGGUGUGUGUCACGCAAAGAAAAAUCCCGGACAAAUUGGUAGAUGCAGGAACUAUAAGCCACUUGUUUAACUUGACGGAACAUUCAGGAUGUGUCAUGACUGGCAUGAUCGCAGACAGCAAGUCGCAAGUGCAGCGAGCCAGGUAUGAAGCAGCCCAAUUCAAGUACAAGUUUGGAUAUGAAAUGCCUAUUGAUGCUUUAUGUAGGAGAGUAGCUGAUAUAUCUCAAGUGUAUACUCAGAACGCUGAGAUGAGACCGCUAG